AAGUGGAUGAAGGAAGUGGAGAUCUCCACCCUCCAGCCUCCCCCUGACACUUCUCAUAAAUAUUGCCAAGGCUUAUGUGGAGAACUCGUACCACAAAGUCACAUCGUGUCCCGGGUUUAACAAGCGUUCACUUAACAGAAUAUCCGAAAAUCGAUUUGUCUUUUGCCUCACCAGUUUCGCUUCAGGUAGCUUUUCUCCAACGAAAACUUUAUGCUCCGGCUGUUGCGCCCCGAGCUGGAGAGCUGCUGUCGCCGUUAACCGGUUGCUGCCACCCCAGGCUACAAUCCGCUUCUCCGUCCUUCAACCCUGCAUGUCGGAGGCGAAGACUGUCUAAUACAAUGUACCAUCGAAUGUCUUAAUUUGUGGUCGACAGUCGGAGAUCUACUCUUGUUAAGUUGGGAAACUCGGGACUUUGACUUAACGAUCAAAAAAAAAAUAAUCAAGGAAAGUGCUGCGGUUUCACAAGUUCUGUUGCUUUGGUCAGCAAGAAUAAGAAGAUAAGGGACAUUUUUUCAUUCUGAACUUUAUGAUAAAGUCGAAUAUCCAUGAUGAGCAAACCCGCCGGCUCAACAAGUGGCUGUUUGGAUAUUCUCAGUGUCAAAUCAAGUCGGAUUCUGGACAUCCCAUGCAAAGUGUGCGGUGACCGCAGCUCAGGGAAACACUAUGGUGUUUACGCCUGUGACGGCUGCUCAGGAUUCUUCAAGAGAAGCAUCCGAAGAAACAGAACCUAUGUCUGUAAAUCUGGCUCUCAGGGUGGUUGUCCCGUAGACAAAACUCACAGAAACCAGUGCCGAGCGUGCCGGUUGAAAAAGUGUCUGGAAGUGAACAUGAAUAAAGACGCCGUUCAGCACGAGAGGGGGCCUCGGACGUCCACCAUCCGGAAACAGGUCGCCCUGUAUUUCCGGGGCCACAAAGAGGUGAACGGAUCGUCUGCACAUUUCCCAGGAUCCUCUUUGCCCGGCCCCCCAUUCUUCACCACGGUCACGCAGCUAGAGCCUCACAACUUGGAGAUGAGCGCAGUGGCCACCACACCAGAGAGGCAGGCCAUAGUGGGUCUCGCACAGCCCACCCCAAAGUAUCCCCAUGAAGUCAGCGGCACCCCUAUGUAUCUCUACGAAGUGGCAACAGAGUCUGUGUGCGAGUCGGCGGCGCGCCUCCUGUUCAUGAGUAUCAAGUGGGCGAAAAGUGUUCCCGCAUUCUCUACGCUCCCAUUAUCUGACCAGCUGAUUUUGCUGGAGGAUGCUUGGAGAGAAUUAUUUGUUCUGGGUAUCGCGCAGUGGGCCAUUCCAGUGGACUCCACUACUCUGCUUGCUGUUUCUGGAAUGAACACUGAAAACACAGACUCUCAGCGGAUGAAUAAGAUCAUGUCUGAGAUUCAAGCACUUCAAGAAGUGGUCACCCGGUUCAGGCAGAUGCGCCUUGAUGCAACAGAAUUCGCCUGUUUGAAAUGUAUCGUGACAUUCAAAGCUGUUCCUACGUCAGCUGGUAGCACUGAGUUAAGAAGUUUCCGCAACGCCAGCGCCAUCGCUGCACUACAAGAUGAGGCACAGCUCACUCUCAACAGUUACAUACACACAAGGUACCCAACUCAGCCCUGUCGCUUCGGGAAGCUGCUCCUGCUCCUGCCGGCGCUCCGCUCCGUCAGCCCGUCCACCAUAGAGGAGGUGUUUUUCAAGAAGACCAUUGGAAACGUGCCCAUCACCAGGCUCCUCUCCGACAUGUACAAGUCGAGCGAUAUAUGAAUUCUCGGCGUCUGCCCAGGCACAUGGAAAAGAGCCAGAGACCCACCUAGCAGUGGACAGAAUGUCAAAUCAUAGCAGGUGUAACCAUGUGUUGAAUUUUUGCUGAGCACAAAUCACUUAGGCUAUAGCCGAUUUAGGCCUGCGCGCCACUGAAACAAAGACUGCAACACAGACUGAAUUCACCAAGUAGCCUGUUACAAGUUGCUCUAGUUAAGGGUUAGCCUGUGAUUUCCAUUAGCAUUUCCUGUAUAAAACUGAAAACUGGCGUGGGCACAGACAGCCUACAGUGUUUCAAUGUGGCCUAAAGACUGGGGAGCACCUGCCAAGUUUGUCUGUCGAGCAAAUGUUAAAUAUUAAGAAGUUUUUCGAGUGUCUGUGGGACCAAUGAGCUUGACCGACAAUUCAGUCUUUUUUUUUUUUUUGCUGUAUUCAAUCCCAAUGGAGGAAACCAAAAAAAAAAAAAGAUGGCGCAUGCGUAGUGGGACAUGUGAGACGCUGUCCCUCGAUCCGGUGCUGAAACCAAACGCACAGGACAACAACGAGGAGGUGGCAACUCCACAAAGAAUCAAGGAUGGAAAGACUUUUAAAGGAUAUGUCCGCAUUGCCUCCUGACUGUAAAGCUACAUUCAUCAGAAGACGGUGUUUGUAUUUAAGUGGUUUCUGUCCUGU